AAAUGUCAUGCAUUCAUUUAGAUAGAAUGGAGAAGGGUUGGAACCAGGGGCGCACUGACCAUUUGGAAACUCGGUCAGUAGGGGGCCCCAUGAGAUGCCCCUGGUACCUUUUUCAUAGGCAUUUUUGAGUUUGGGCAAGGACACAGGGGCCCCAUGAUCCCCUAUUGCCUGGGGGCCCCAUGAGUUGCCAGUCUGCCCCUGGUUGGAACCUAUGUCUACAUAUUGUGUUUACCAUACCAAUUACUAUAAUACCCUAAGCACUCCCUCC